UUGGAUAACGCGGCGAGGGGAUGAAUGGCUGGUGGGUGACCAGUUCCUAGCGUUAACCUCCGAAGAGGAACCUGUCGAACCUCGGAGGGUUAUUCUAGACCUUCCCCGGCUACAGGGGGCACUGGCCGGGGACGACCACCCAAUCCCCCAUACUCGUGGGAAUUUCAUGGAAAAUUUAAAUACAAAAAACGACGUCAAAGUGGGUGUUGAAGAAGAGGUCGAAAGACGGAGGACGACUCGGUCUUCAAUAAGACAGAGUGUGGAGCAGGAUGUGGUGGCGAGGUCGCCUCGGGUGGUGCUUGAGCGCAUCGCCUCGCCCCAGCAGCAGGAGGAUAUGGAGGUCGCGGAGCAGACUUACUUGUCUUGUCGCUCGCGCGAUAGCUCCGCAGGUAGAUCGGACCGAAAGCGUCCCAGGCGGGACAUUUCGGACGACAGGUUGUCUGUGGGUGCUGCUUCGGACUGUGGAAGCGAGGUGUCUUUUGCCUCGUCAACACGGUCCCGGGGCUGCGUCACCCACGGACGUUACGUGGGCCUUCAUCGGCAAAGGGAGGAGUUCCGGAGGCUCGCAGCCGAGUCGGCGCAGCCCUUCGACACCGACCAGGCCAAGAAGGAUGAAGAAGAGAGGCAGAAGAGGGAUGCCAGGGCGGCGGUCCGGGACAUGUUGAGUUCCGGAUUGAAACCGAUCGAUCCUUCUUCUGCCAAAGAAAUGAUCGAAGGCGGCCUGAUGGCGGUCUUGGAGGUAGCUCGUACCUCCAAGAAUAUAAAGGGCUGCCUUAUAAAGAAAAUGAAGGACGCGGUGGAGGAUAUUCAGGGCGGCGUUCGCGCCCUGACAAAGUCCGCCGGGACCGAGAGUCUGCUGGCGGAGAACGCCAGGCUCAGCCGGGAACUCGAGGAGCUGCGGGCUAAAGUCCAGUCCGUCGAAAAGCGGACUGCCCCAGCGGCUCAAGACGAAGAAGACGAACGAAUGAAGCGCAUCAUGCUGUCCGUCGGGACCAUGAUGGACGCAAGACUGGCUGGGGUCAUCAGUCGACUCCCGCCGGAGCCUAUAAUGCGUCCGCCAUUGGCGGCGGACAGAAGACGCGCGGAGGCGGAGGCUGCGAGCCGUGGGCCCAAGCCUGGCUACAACCAGGUCCUCAAGGCGGCCCCGGCUCCGAAGCAGGCGCCGAAACCGGCGCCACGACAGGCACCGAAGCCGACCCCGAAGCCGGACCCAAAACCGGCCAAGGGGAAGGCAAAGAAAUCGACGGGGCAACCUGCACCGGCUCUUACACCGGCGACAGAAGAGGCGCCGGCCCUGGCACCAGCGCCACAAGAGCCGGUACCUAGCACGUCGGAGACUGUGGAGGAAGGGUGGACCACAGUCUCCAACAAAAAGAAGAAGGGGCCGAAGCCUAAGGCGCCGGAGCAGCCGGCGGCGAAGCCGGCCAAGAGAACCCCUCCCACAAAGAAGCAGGAGGGGCGAAAACCGGCGACAAAGGGGCCGAAGAAGGAGUCGGGGAGGACGCGGCGGAGAAGGGGUCAGCGCCAGAGGCGUCUUGCCCGCACCUCUGCUGUCGUCCUCACCAUAAGCGAGGAGGGGGCACAGAAGGCCCUCACUUAUGAGACGGUCCUGCGGGAGGCGCGAGAGACCAUCGACCUCAAAAAGAUGGGGGUCGACAUGGAGGUCGACCCAAUCCGCAUACGCAGGACGCAGACCGGGGCUCGGGUUCUCGAGCUCCCGCAGAAUGUUGGUCGGGAGGCGGCUGACGGCAUGGCAGAAGAACUGCGUGCCAGGUACGGCGGUGACGUCAGAGUCACUAGGCCUGUGAGGUGCGCGGAGCUCCGGGUGUCGAACCUGGACGACUCCGUCACCGUGCAGGAGAUCCUCGACGUCGCCGCACGUCAGUCGCAGUGCGCUCCCGACCAGCUCAAGGUGGGAGACUUGAGGCCCAGCUACGGUGGGAAUUUCAGCGGUGCUGAAGUGCCCACUGGAGGCGGCAUCAAAGUUAGUUACCACCAAGACACAAAAGUUCUUGGUGGGAUGGAGCUCGGCGCGGGUCGUGCAGCUUGAAGCACGACCCAUGAAGUGCUUCCGCUGCCUUGCACUAGGCCACACAAGGCCAGUGUGCAUGUGCCCCACGGACCGCAGUGGUUUAUGUUACCGCUGCGCGAUGCCGGGGCACAAGGCAGCGGAGUGCAAGGAGACGGCAAAGUGCGCCAUAUGCGCCGAGCUCGGGCGCAGUGCCGCCCACCAGAUGGGAAGCCGGGGAUGUGCUCCCCCGGCUCUAAUAAGGAAGAAGAUGGCCGCAUUGGGGAAAGUGCCCAAUGCGGUCACGUCACAGGCGCGCCCCUGUGAGGAGGAACGGAUGGACGAAUAAUGGAUAACGUCCGUCCACACUUCCUCCUC